UGGUGAAAAGGUACCGAUUUAUUUUCCUUUGUUUCUUCGCAGGCAAUGAAAGUGCUGUCCAAGAAGAAGCUGAUGAAGCAGUAUGGAUUUCCACGACGCCCCCCUCCUAGGGGAGCGAAAGCAGCUCAGGGGGAUCAGCCAAAGACCCUGGCACCUCUGGAGAGGGUUUACCAGGAGAUCGCCAUCCUCAAGAAACUGGACCAUCUCAACAUCGUUAAGCUCAUCGAGGUGCUAGAUGACUCCUCUGAAGACAACCUGCAUAUGGCAUUUGAGCUAAUGAAAAAAGGCCCGGUGAUGGAGGUGCCGACAGACAGCCCCUUCACAGAGGAGCAGACAAGGGUCUACUUCAGAGACGUGGUCCUGGGCAUCGAGUACUUACACUACCAGAAGAUCGUCCACAGGGACAUCAAGCCCUCAAACUUGCUCCUUGGUGAUGACGGACACAUCAAAAUCGCCGAUUUCGGAGUGAGUAACCAGUUUGAAGGCAACGACGCGUUGCUGUCCAGCACUGCCGGGACCCCUGCCUUCAUGGCUCCAGAGACCCUCUCAGAUCAUAGGAAGAUCUUCAGUGGAAAGGCACUGGAUAUAUGGGCUAUGGGUGUGACAUUGUACUGUUUUGUGUUUGGGAAGUGCCCUUUUAUAGACGAGUACAUCUUGGCAUUACACAACAAGAUCAGAAAUAAACCAGUGGAGUUCCCUGAAACGCCAGUGAUCAGUGAGGAACUCAAGAGCCUAAUUCUACGAAUGCUGGACAAAAAUCCAGACACUAGAAUAACUAUCCCAGAAAUAAAGGUGCACCCAUGGGUCACGAAGGACGGUACAGACCCACUGCCUCUGGAGGAGGAACACUGCAGCGUGGUGGAGGUCACUGAAGAGGAGGUCAGGAACUCUGUCAAGCUCAUCCCCAGCCUCUCUGCUGUGAUUCUAGUGAAGUCGAUGCUGCGAAAGCGGUCGUUUGGGAACCCAUUCGAGUGUCCUUCGAGGAGAGAAGAGAGAUCCAUGUCCGCUCCUGGGAAUUUACUCAUGAAAGACAGCAGCGGGGAUGGAGGCAAAGACACAGAACUACCAGAAGUGCAUGAGGAUGAAGCCUUGUCCUGAACACUGGAGUCCUACCC